AUGGUGGUUCCAGGCAUGAACCACCGAUUGUUUCUCUCAAUGAAGACCCUCGGACUUGCCUUGGGGAAGGGCUUCUUGCGAGUCUACCUAUCUUUGACCUUUUUGAUCCUCGACAACUGUAUUCUCUUCGCCACCAUCCUCCUCGCCAGAUUUCGUUUUCGCUCGAAACCAAACCGACGCCAGGAAGUCCUAAAAAAUGUACAUUUCUAUCCUAAGACAGUCCUAAUCACUGGAAUCGGAACGCCACAAGGUCUCGCUCUGGCGCGUGCUUGGGAUGCCGAGGGUCACCGUGUAGUAGGCGUUGACGUCGCUGAUCUGGAUCUUCCCGUUCGGUCGGGUGGGGGCAUGUCAAAGACCCUGGUCGCAUUCUACCGAGUGCGCAAGGACCACUACCUUUCGAGGAUACUGGACAUCAUCCAGCGUGAAAAGGUCGAUGUGUGGAUUCCAUGUUCGCCCAAGGCAUCCGCCAUGGAAGAUGCCACUGCCCGUCAAGUUGUGGAGAACCGCACAAACUGCAAGUGUAUUGCAUUUGAUACAGAAAUGACAGCCUGUUUUCGCAAUACAGACGCUUUUCGCUUAUAUUUGGCCGAGAAAAAGCUUCCCAUGCUCGAGUACCACCAGGUUCAGUCGCGUGACUCCAUUCACAAGAUUCUGCACCGGUCGCCGACCAAAUCUUACAACAUACGGCGUCUGAGUUCAGAAGCCCCCGGCGCGGCUGUGAUUCUACCCCAGCGUACCCUUAGCAAGACAUACUCGGAGGUUAGUGAAAUACAGAUAUCAAAGGACUCCCCGUGGGUUCUUCAGCAACAAACUCGACUUGGGGAGUUCUUUGCCGAUGUGCUGGUGGUGCGGGGUUAUGUCCACGCCAUCAAGGUUCGCCUGGCCGAAUCUCGAUCCCCUCAUUGGGGUGCCUCACCACUGGACGAAGCUCUCGCGAAAGCUGUACAUCAGCUCAUGCAAACCUUUGCCGAGAAGGGUGGUGCACGGAUGACGGGCCAUCUAUCGGUGAGGCUCCUGGUUGACGAAGAAUUCGACACAUCUUCAGUACGCCACACCAUUCAUAUCGCCGAUUGCGUCCCUGGAGCCCUAGCUUUGGAAAACCUUCUCCGCGAUGCACGAUGCCCAGUUCGAGGCUAUCUUUCUGUGUUAUCUCAACAGCCAAUCGAGCCUGCCUCUUGGAACGUACCUGCGACUCUCUCGCCCAGCCCACGCUCCCGGCCCACGAUCAUCGAUCGGGAUCUUGUGUCUCCUUUUAUCUCCAUUUUUGUGUCAUUGGAUUUUGCGAAGCGGGUGCUUGCCAUCCUCGAGGCUGAGUUGGUACCUUUUCUAUUUUGGAAGGACGAACAGUUCUCGCUUAACGACCCUUUACCUUGGUGGUGGCAUGUCCACGUAUACCAGCCCCUACGGGAGAUUUGGCAGCUCAUGAAGCAAACAAGGGCAGCGGGAUUGACGGCGAAUCCCUUUGCAGGAUGA